GCACCUCCCGCCGCGGCUGCUUGGGCCGUGUGCGUGGUUGUGACCUCACACUCAUGGCGCUGUGGUCCUGCCCCAGGGACCAAGGCUGCGCUCACCCUCCGCGGAGUGUUGCUCUUGGUGCCACUUUGAGAUUGGCUGCAGGGAAGCUUUCGGGGGGCCUCCGAGGAGUGCUGCUGCGGUGCCCCCACACGUGCACUCUCAGUCCCAUGUUCCCGUGACACUUUGGCUGUCUUUGUUCGGGUUCAAAGUACUUUCAGAACUUGAAAACUCGCUCUGUUUCAAGUUUUACCAAAUCCAAUGCCAGCUGCAACCUCAGUGUUUCCACGUCAGUGAUACCAUUUCUGUCCUGGGAAGCCCCGUAGGAUGUGGCCCACCCUUGCCUUCCACGGGCUCCUGGGCUGACAUGCGCCCUCCCGUGCCUUCCCUGUGCCCUCGUGUCCUCUCCGCACCCCCUCGCUCCUUCGACAAGAUAAGUGCUGUCUCCACUGCCAUCCUCCAUGGCACUUCCAAUUUCUCCCACAUCCCUGCUUCACCUCCCUGUGCCAAGGUCUGUGGUUACACCCUAGAGCCCACCUCCCCGUUAGUGGGGUUUGGUUUUCAGAAGCAUCCUUCCCAUUGGCCGGUACUUCCAUCCAAAUGUUGUUUUCGUGCGGGAAUUGUGUCGUUUGUAACACAGGGUGCCUUUCUGUGCUCCAACCCCCGGGGUGCUGGCCUCGCCGUCCAUGUGGGAUGGUCUCUGUGGUCCCCCAGGGGUCUCACUGAUCAGAUGGAUCUGUGCAGCCGGAGCCAGAGAGGGGCCCUGCGGGAAGCCAGCAGGAAACAGGCCUCGCCCCGCCGCUGGUCCAGAGUGAAUGGCUGGUCGUGGCCCCUGCACACCUUCCAGGUGGUGGCCUGGACCAUACUGUUCAUCUUGGCCUUCACCAACUUCUGUAUCUUCGUCCCCUUGCUGCCACCUAAGUGGAACUUGAUCAUGUAUGGUGUGACUGGUGGGCUUUUCUGUUUCUACUUCGUGGUCCACUUGCUUGCUGUUUGCAUCGAUCCUGCUGAAACCAACGUACGGCUCAAGAACUACUUGGAGCCCGUACCCAUUUUUGAUCCAUCCAAACACACGCGUGUCAUCGAGAACCAAUAUUGCCACCUGUGUGAGGUCACCGUGAGCCAGAAGGCUAAACACUGUGGGGCCUGCAACAAGUGUGUCUUUGACUUUGACCACCAUUGCAAAUGGCUUAACAACUGUGUAGGGGGCAGGAAUUACAGAUAUUUCUUCAGCUCCGUGGUUUCCGCCUCGGCCAUCCUGCUCUGCCUGAUCACCAUCCUGCUGUACAUCUUCAUCCAGUACUCAGUCAACCCGGAGGUGCUGCGCACUCAUCCCCUGUAUGAAGAUGUGCCCAAGGACACUUGGCUGCUGUUCCUUCCUUUUUUCCCUGUAAAGACGAAGGCCCUGGUGGUCCUGGGCAUUGGGGUGUUCGUCCUGCUGCUGUCUGCCCUCAGCCUCCUGAUGUCUGGAUACCUGUUCAUCUUCCACCUCUUCUUAAUGUUCAAGAAGUUGAGCACAUAUGAGUAUGUGAUACAGAAACGCUAUCAAAACAUUCCAAAAGUUCCAGCAGGGAGGCAAGAGCUGUCCUUCAAAAUAAGCAUGCCACAGCAAGAAGAUGACCUGAGUCUGUCUGCACGUAGAGAGCAGUGCAAGGAGGCCCCGCCGCAGCCGAGGUGCCCGGGUCUGCAUUCCACCCUCCCCACGUGCCAGGAGAGCUCCCCGCUGCAGGCAGCCACAGGUGACCUGAAAUCACUCUCAUACAGAGUGAAGUUCAACUACCUGCUGCCGGAUGUGCACUCAGGUCCACCCUCCUCCACCAUCACGUUCAUGGAGGACUCGUGGGUGAUGGAAAUGGACAGCAGCCUGACUUUAUCUGCCCUCAGCCUACCUGGGAGCAAGGUGUCCUUGUCGCCAUCCAGUGACUUCACCCUACACCCCACCUUGGCUGCCGGCACAGAGGACCACCUGCCGUUGAAGGUCUCAAAGGACCAACAGGAAAUGAGUUUGCCUGUGGAAGGAGACAGUGCUGAGGGCAAAGGCCCAGCUUCAGGAGCCGAGGAGCCCACACUGGCCAAAUGGGCUGUCCACACACCAAUGGCCUUAGAGAUCCGGGCUCGGGAGGCAGCCCUGGAGAAACUCAGGCUCCCGCACACACCGCCCUCCGGCAGCCCGAAUGUGCCGCACAUGGAUGUCCCCUUGGAGAGGCAGCAGGUCUACAGCAUGGAGCCUGCCACUGUCACCACCACCAGGAAGCCUGCAGAUGGGCAGGCGUGCAAUGGAGAGGACAUCCAGCUUCCAGGACAGAUAAAAGAGGUGACUUGGGGCCAGGCAUCGCCAUCCAGCUAG